UUUUCUUUAGGGAACUGACUUCUGUUCAUUUUCUAAUUGGAUUGUUUGUCUUUUUUAACCGAGUUUCCAGAGUUAUACUACGUCUAGAUACCAGUCCUUUGCCAGGGUAUGAACGCGAUUUCUGAUGAAACUGAAUUGGAAUAAUUUUCAUGAUCUUUGUAUAUUUAUAUAUAUAUAUUUUGAAAUUUUGCAUUUGACUUAAAGUGCCAUGAGAAAAUUUGCUUAUUGCAAGGUGGUCCUAGCCACCUCCUUGAUUUGGGUACUCUUGGAUAUGUUCCUGCUGCUUUACUUCAGUGAAUGCAACAAAUGUGAUGAAAAAAAGGAGAGAGGACUACCUGCUGGGGAUGUUUUAGAGCCAGUACAAAAGCCUCACGAAGGUCCUGGAGAAAUGGGGAAGCCAGUCGUCAUUCCUAAAGAGGAUCAAGACAAGAUGAAAGAGAUGUUUAAAAUCAAUCAGUUCAACCUAAUGGCAAGUGAGAUGAUUGCACUCAACAGAUCCUUACCAGAUGUUAGGUUAGAAGGGUAAGUACCUAGUAUGGUCUUGAUAGUAUCUGAAUGGAAAAUAUGCUCUGAUUUCCCAGGAAAUUACACUUUAGCAGUGAUUGUUCUUAAAGUGAAUGUUGUAUUACUAAGUUACUACUUAUCCCACUUAGAAAAUAAUUAAAUGCUGAUAAAAAUAAUAUCUCUAGCUACCAAUGAUCAUUAGGACUGUGUAUUUCAGGCACUGGAAGAUAGUUGUUUAUCUUAAUAGGUUAGUAAGGGAUUUUAAACUUCAUUAUUACCAAAAUAUUUAUGUACUCAACUCUCAACAAAAAGAUUCAGGUAAUGUGUAAGUUGAAACAGUGAAAUACACAGCAUUAUAAUAAGAGCUUACUGGAAUUUUACAUGUGUAACCAUCAUCCAGAUGGAGACAUUUCCAUCACCCCCUGAAAAUUCCCUUAUGUUCCUUUCCAGUCAGUACUCCUACCCCAGAGGCACUGUAUUGACCUCUUUAAACAUAAGAUUA